AUGCGCGUCACUCUCCGGGACCCCCCAGCGUACAAGCUUGAUGGAACCAUUCGCGACGUUGCGGCAGGCAGUAGUCUGACGCUGACGAACGUAUUCGUUGUCGGAACCGAGAAAUGGGCACCUGAGAUGCGCAUCAACGCGAUGAACAUUGCGGACCUCACCCAGAUUGAAGACGAUAAGCCCGCGCUCUACAACGCUCCGCCACCAGCCCCUGAACCUGUCGCUCUUCCCGCCCGCCCAUCACGGCAGGCAUUCGAAGACCCUGCGAUCCUUAGCUUUGGAAGAUCAACGGCUAUGCCGGACAGUACUGUUGCAGGCCCCGAGGUGCAUAGCACCCCGGACUUAGCCUUGGAUCUCGAAGACAGUGAUUUGCCAGGGGUUUUGAGGGGCAUCCACGUCGGUCGGGGCAUGGUCAAGCCUCUGACGCCGAUCCAGGAUGUGGUAGAAGCGAUCGACCAGCAGCUGCGAAUCGAGCAUGGGCAGCACAGCCAAGCGGGAAAGAUCACGGAUACCGAAAGUGAAAGGCAAAAGAGGAAGAAGCGUCGCAAUAAGGCAAAGACGCAACAGCACUCCCAUGAUUCGGACGCUCCUAGCUCACCAGGCGACAAACCUAGCGUGCCUACGAGCGGUCGCGGCAAAGGCUGGAGGCAGACACCCAUGCUGCAGAGCACAGCAUCAUUCCAGCCAUUCUCUUCGCUCAAGAAACAGGGGCGUGGGGGGAAAAGCGCGGCGGACAAUGGGUGGGAGUCCGCCGAUGUCACAGAGGAGAUGGCGGAGUUUGACUUCGAAAACAACCUGGCCAAGUUUGACAAGCGUGCCGUGUUUGAUCAAAUGCGCAAGGAGGACCAGAUUGACGACGCCAGCCGACUUGUCGCACACAACCGACGACCGAAGCCCGGUACCAGCAAUGGCAAAAACCUACACCACACGGAGAAUGUGCUGGAUCUUCCACAGUCAACCAGGGCAACCGCCGAUUUUUGGAACAGCGAGGCGGACGAAGGGCUGGCCGAGUUUGAGGUCGAAAGACCGAAUGGGCGCGAUUUCAAAGAAGCGCCCGCGCUACGCAGAGCGGAGAGCAAGAGUGGGAUAUCCAGGAGGUCGCGAUCACGCAAGGCCAGCAGCGGUAUGACUGGGGGCCACCCACUGACCCGUGUCAACUCUGGGCAGGCGUACAACCCGGGGCUCCACCUACUGCCUUCGAAUCGACGCGUGGAAGCGAUAUCGACACUCCAGAUGCUUAACCUUGAGAACAUUGCUGCAAACGAGGUCGGUUUCACGGAGGAGCUCAUGGCUGAGAACGCCGGUCGAGGCAUCGCAGAGGUCGCAAUCAAGGCAUUGUCUGACCCGGCGAUGAAGGUCCGCUUUGAGCUUGCCACCAACAGCUCGUCGGCUGGUGCACUGCUCGCCAGUUCGUCCACCGUCAUCCUGGCGGGAAACAACAAGUCGAGCAUCCGUGCACUGGCGGCAGCGCGUCAUCUUCGCAAUCGCAACAUAGAUGUGGUGGUUUGCGUGGUCGGCAUUGAGCGCGAACGGGAUCUCAUGGAGGACCUUCGACGACAGGUUGCGCUAUACCGCGCCUUUGGCGGUCGUGUUCUGAACAAAAACGAGUUCUUUGAGCAUCUUCGAAAGAACGCGGCUUCUGGAGCCAGUGUGCCUGUCUCGCUCAUCGUUGACGCAAUGCUCGGGCUGACCAUGUCUUUCGAGGAACUGCGUGUCGGUGAUCAAGCGUCGGUGUAUGAGCUCAUGGAAUGGGCGAACCGAAACGAGGCGUUUGUGCUAUCGGUCGAUAUUCCUUCCGGCAUUGAACCUACGACGGGCAAGAUCGCCAUCAUCGAUGGAGGUCCGCUCUUUGUGAAGCCCCGGUACGUCGUGGCAAUGGGGGCCCCAAAGCGAGGACUGCUUGAAGCCGUCACGCCACCACGCAAAGACGAGCCUGCGGCUUUAAACUACGCCGGCCAUGAGGACGACUGGCGGUUGUUCGUGGCCGACAUGGGUCUGGGCAGCGCUGUAUGGAAGAAAGCAGGCACCAAGCUACGGCGCGGUAUCGACUUUAGCGGCAACUGGGUGCUGGAGAUGCAGUAUCGCACUGAUGGAUACGGGUCGGCGCGGUCUGGGGAGCAUUGA